CCUCGCGCUUUUCCUGCUCUCGCUCGCUUUUCUCGACGUCGGCGUACGCUACUACGUCCAGUCGUCGCUCGCAAGUGUGCCGGGAAAGCGGGAAAAACGUAAAACUAGGACGCGCGUAGUGUACGAGUGCACGGGUGCAAACACCGCGUUGAGAGUAUCAUCUCGCCGCUCGCUUCAUAUCAUCAUAUCGGAAAUAUUUCUUCGUUUUUUAAAAGUGUUUAGCAGUGAGUGCAGUGCGAAGAUAUUUACUGCUUGACGUUGGAUAUACUUAUAUUAACCAGCUGCUCGAGUGUGAGUUUGGUCACUUUUGCGCGACAAAUGGAUUAUUAAUGGCGCGAAGGAUAAAGGGAUAGCGGAUGCAAUUAUGUAGAAAGAUGCCCGAAUUCGACCCGUCGCCGCUGGUAUCAAAGACAAGACCGUCUCUUCCCUGCGAGAUUAUGCGGUGAUCUGUAGGUACCUCACCGAAUCCGCACUUUGUUCGGGGGCAGGGCCAUCUCGGCUGGGAUCAUGGGCUGCGGGCACAGCAAAAUUAACAUUUAUCCCAAACGCAAUCGCAACAAGAACGCCUCUGCAAAGAAAACCGUGACGCCGGAGAAAGCAGACAGCGUCGAUGAGGAGGCGGACAACAACGGCGUCGAGGCGGGUGAAGAGAACGCCGAGGACGGAGACAAGAAGACGAUCAAAGUGAAGCCGUACGGUGGGCCGCUAAUUGUUCACCCGGAGCUGUCGGCAAGCCAAAACAAUUUCUUUAAGAUGCUGGACGAAAAGAUUGAGAGCGGUCCAGACUACGACUCGAGCAGCGAGAAUGAGAAGGCGCUCGAAAAGGAGCGUGUGACGACAUUACUUAAAGACUGGGAGACGGCAAGUGCCGGCUCGCGUUCGCUGCCAGCAACUCCAAAGCGACGCCCUGGUAAACCCGUGCCCAUCGGCGAUCAACGCGUUCCUUUCAACCAGUCCAUGGUGCAUCAGUCCUACGGCGUUACACCGUAUCGGCAGGCCUAUGCGUCGCCCGUUUACCCGCCGGUGCCGCCAACUGCAAUGCAUCACCCGCAGCAGGUAGCACAACAGCAUACCGCCGCCGCCUACUCAUCAGCGAUGCAAUAUCAGGCGCUUAGCUCACUAUAUGGUCGACAGUAUAGCCAGCAAGCGGCGUUGCUCGGAUCAAGUCCGGUGAAGUCGUCCGCUUCCCCUAAACACAUUCCGUCUUACCAGGUCGUUGCCGGCGCCGCACAUCCGCCCGCGGAGGCAGGGGCCAGCGCGACGUUUAGCCCCCGGAUGUACAAGGGCGUACGUCUCAGCAAUGGCGAUCUCAUUCAGCAACAGAUCUACCAACAGCAGCUACAGUAUCAGCAGGCGCGUGAAUACCAGCAGUACAAGCAAUCGCGUGAGCAGCAACUGAUACAACAUCAGCAGGGUAUGCAGGCGAUGCAAGCAACCGCAUUUGCCCCCAAUCCAAAUGGUCGCUCUUACCAAAGCAGCAUUCACAUACCGAUCGUCCAGAACGACAUCACACAGUACGAUCUGACGUGAUUUGCGCCCGGCGCCACCGCCAAUUCAUCUGCCAAGCCGCGAUCGUCCUAGACAACCUACAACCAUCACCUAUCCUGUAUCAUAUCAUGAUAUAUCUUAUUGUGGACGAUUAGUGCAUAGACAAUUAACACAGUAUUCUCGUGCUAAUGCCAAAGCCAGGCAACGCCAGUAAAAUAUGUUCGAUAGUACAUGUCGCGAGUUUGCCGUCAAAAUGCCAAAAAAUUACUGUGCCAAAAAGUAUUACAUAUUAAUUAAUUUAUUUUAAUUGCUGAAUGGCGUCCCGCUUUCGCACACAUUCGAAAAAUUACGUUCCAUUAAGCAAAACAGGUGACAAAAUUAAUUUGCAUAAAACACCUGCACUCGUCCCCAGAGGGAGAUAAGCACAGCAUCCAAAACCCAGUGAAGGUGAAGUGACUUCAAUCUAGAUAAUAAAAAAGCAUCUAGGGAAAAAGUACGCUGUAUUAAACUUAGCGCUGGCAGUUCAAACGGAUGCUGAAAAUAAACUCGAAGUAUUUAAUGAGAAUUGAGAUGAAAAUACCCCCCGUAGAGGAAUUUCUAAAUUUGCCUACACACAUAAAUAAAAGUUAUCCCAAACGUAAAGAAUAAAUUAAAUAAAUGAUUAUAAAUAUAUGUAUACAAACAUUGAAAGAAAAAAAGCUAAAGUAAUAUCUAUAGUUGUUAAUGAUAAUAAAAUUGAUGGUGAAGAAUAUAAAAUGUUUAAAAGUUUUUAAAUUUGAGAGUAUGUAUAUUAUAAUUGUACAUAAAGCGCUGGCAUUAAGGGAGAAUUUAAUUUUAUGACACAAAAACACAAUAAACAAGUAAACAAAAAUGCAGAUUGCAUGUGUGAAGUCGAGAUGAGGCUGCUCAACAAGAAGGUCGACAACUGGCAAUAAAUGUAUUUCUUGUAAAUAUCAUAAACUCGUGUAUAGUGCAUUGUUUGUAAAAAAAGAGAAGAAAAAGCACAUAAUAUAUGAUACUUGUUAGAUUCCUA